AUGGAGGAACUUCAAAGAAAUUAUGAAAAUGUUUGUGCUGCUCAACAAACGUGCUCACAAUGCUUACAAACUCCACAUUGCGUUUGGUGUUCUGAAUUGAAUAAUGAAACAUUAAUGCGAUGCGCUACAAGGAACAAUUUUUUAAAAGAAAAAAACAAUUGGUGUUCUGAGAAACAUGUUGUUGCCUAUAAGUCAUUUACUGAGAUUAUUGAGGACAAGCCUCUUCAUUCAAAGAAAGGCAAAGCUACUAUACAAAUUCAACCUCAAAGAAUGCGCGUUGUUCUUCGACAAGGAGAAGAGCAAAAAGUGAUUUUUAAAUAUAGCAAAGCAGAAGAUUAUCCAGUUGACUUGUACUAUUUAAUGGAUCUUUCAGCGUCAAUGGAACCUUAUAAAGAACAACUUUCAAAGCUUGGAAGUAAAUUAGCAGAUGCGAUGAGACAUUUGACGUCAAAUUUCCGCCUUGGUUUCGGUAGUUUCGUAGAUAAAGUAACGUUACCAAUGACGAGCACUCAUCCAGACAUGUUGAAAUCACCCUGCAACUUGACCAAUGAUCAAAGUUGUGCUCCGCCUUAUGGCUACAAACAUCAAAUGCCAUUGACUGAAGAUUGGACGCUUUUUAUGUCACGUGUCAGAGAAGCCCCUGUUUCUGGUAAUUUAGAUGGCCCGGAAGGCGGCUUCGAUGCUAUAAUGCAAGCUAUAGUAUGCACUGAUAAAAUUGGUUGGCGAAAAAAAGCUCGUCAUCUUUUGGUUUUUUCAACCGAUGCCACUGUUCAUAUUGCCGGCGACGGACGGCUUGCAGGUAUUAUUGAGCCAAAUGAUGGAUUGUGCCAUUUGGAUCAACAUGGAUAUUAUACUCAUUCGCUAUUACAGGAUUAUCCGUCAAUUUCUCAGAUCAAUCGAAAAAUUAAAAAACAUAACAUAAACAUUAUUUUUGUCGUGCCUGAACACAUGAAUGCAACAUAUCAACUAUUGACUAAAAGCAUUGGAGGUUCUUUCAUAGGAAUAUUAGAAAAUGAUAUCAACGACGUUGUAUCUUUAGUUAGCAAGCAGUAUGAAAAAUUGAUUGAUUCCGUAAUAUUGACAGACGACGCUCCAAAAGCUAUCGAUGUUAGGUAUUUUUCCAAAUGUUUCAAUGAAAAUUCAAUUUUAAGAGAGAGGAAGGAAUGUGAUGGUGUUAGAGUUAAUAAUGUAGCUGAGUUCGACAUUAUAUUGAAGGCUGUAAAUUGUCCAUCGAAUAUCAGCGAACGACAUCGAACCAUAAAAAUUAGUCCUAGAGGAUUGAUUGAACAUCUGGAACUAGAGAUCGAAAUUCUUUGUGAUUGUUCUUGUGAAAUGACGGGUAAUGAGGAUGGACCAUUGUAA